AUGCCAGCAAUAAAACAGUUCCCCACUCAACUGGCCCACACCCUCAGAACCCACAAUGGCCCCGUGAACGCUGUGACCUUCUCCAGCUAUCCUGGAACCUAUGUCCUUACCGGCUCGACAGAUCGUGCUAUUCACCUCUCCCGGGCUAUUCCCAAUAAUAACAAUGGCUCCGCCGCAGAGACAACGUCCCCAAUCCAGAAGUAUGAGGCGCACGGGUACUCCGUGUUAGAUAUUGCCGUCGCCGCAGAUAACUCCCGGUUCGCCAGCGUUGGUGGAGACCGCCAGGUCUUUCUGUGGGAUGUCGAACAGGGAGGAACAAUUAGACGCUGGAGUGGACACAAUGCGCGUGUUGAGGCCGUCCAAUUCGCAGGCGAAGAUGACUCUGUCGUGGUGUCUGGCAGCGCAGACACAACUAUUAACAUCUGGGAUACCAAGUCCAACUCCUACAAGCCCAUCCAGACCCUCACCGAAGCCCGAGAUACCGUUUCCUCCUUACACGUGCACAUGCCCACAUAUUCUAUCGCGAGCGCAAGCUACGACGGUCGAGUUCGAGUGUACGAUAUUCGAAUGGGACGCACCCUUGUCGAUGUUCUCGCACACCCUGUUACUAGUGUUCGCUGCUCCAAUGACGGCAAUGCUCUUUUAGCAUCUACAACAGACGGGCGCAUCCGGAUGCUGGACCGGAGUGACGGCAAACUAUUAAAGGCUUUUGGCGGCGACGAUGUCAGUCCAAGUCAGGGUAAUAGCAAUGCCACAUAUCGCAAAAGCGACCUUCGAAUUCGCUCUAUAUUCGCGAAAGCGGACGCCAUUGUCCUCAGCGGGAGUGCGGCAGAUGACUCUGGCAAUGGCAAUGAUGCUACGCAGGCGUCCGUAUUCGCCUGGGAUGUGCUCAGUGGAGAAGUGGUCGCGUGUGUCCCAGCCGGACCAGGCGUCAAGGCCGUGAGUGCUGUAUCGUGGAAUGAAAAAGGAAAUUGCUGGGCUGGUGGUUGUUCAGAUGGAACCGUCAAAGUCUAUCGCUAA